AUGGCCACCCCGGAGCCCCCCCUGGGCGGGACCCCCCGGCCUGGCCCCUCCCCCGGGCCUGGCCCCUCCCCCAGCUCCAUGCUGGGCCCCUCCCCCGGCCCCUCCCCCGGCUCCGCCCACUCGGGGCACUCCGGGCACGCGCUGCCGGCCCCGGCCUACGGCCCCGACAGCAUGCACCCCCUGCACAAGAUGAAGGGAAUGGGAAUGCGCCCGGGGGGACACGCGGGAAUGGGGCCCCCCCCCAGCCCCAUGGAUCAGCAUUCCCAAGGUUACCCCUCCCCUCUGGGUGGCUCCGAGCACGCCUCCAGCCCGGUGCCCUCCAACGGCCCCUCCAGCAGCUCCGCCGGCGGCUCCGGCGCCGCCCUGGACGGUUCCGGUUCCGACUCUCCCGCCCUGGGCCGGGGCCCGUCGCCGUUCAACGCCGCCCAGCUGCACCAGCUCCGCGCUCAAAUCAUGGCCUACAAGCUGCUGGCACGAGGGCAGCCCCUUCCCGAGCACCUGCAGGUGGCCGUGCAGGGCAAACGGCCCCUGCCGGGGCUGCAGCCGCAGAUUCCCGCUCUACCUCCGCCCGCCGGCGCCGCCCAGGGCCCGGGGGCAGCGCCCGGAGCGGGGCCGGCACCGCCCGGCUACUCCAGACCUCACGGCCUGGCAGGGCCGCCCAUGCCCCCUCCAGGACCCUCAGGAGUUCCCCCAGGAAUGCCGGGCCAGCCCCCAGGGGGGCCCCCCAAACCCUGGCCCGAAGAAUUCCCUGUUCCCCCAGGGCCGCUGUCGGCGGCGGCUCCGGGCGGAGCCCCCCAGAAGCUGCUGCCCCCUCCCCCCGCCGGCCGCCCGUCGCCGGUGCCCCCGGCCGUGCCCCCGGCGUCCCCCGGGCCGCCCCCGCCCUCGCCGGGCCAGCCGGCGCCGCCGGCGCUGCCGCUGCACCCCAAGCAGAACCGCAUCACGCCGGUGCAGAAACCGCGCGGGCUCGACCCCGUCGAGAUCCUGCAGGAGCGCGAGUACAGGCUCCAAGCCCGCAUCGCCCACCGCAUCCAAGAGCUGGAGAACCUCCCCGGCUCCUUGGCCGGAGACCUGAGGACCAAAGCAACCAUCGAGCUCAAGGCUCUGAGGCUGCUCAACUUCCAGCGCCAGCUGCGGCAGGAGGUGGUGGUGUGCAUGCGGCGCGACACGGCGCUGGAGACGGCGCUCAACGCCAAGGCCUACAAGCGCAGCAAGCGGCAGUCGCUGCGCGAGGCCAGGAUCACCGAGAAGCUGGAGAAGCAGCAGAAGAUCGAGCAGGAGAGGAAGCGCCGGCAGAAGCACCAGGAAUACCUCAACAGCAUCCUGCAGCACGCCAAGGACUUCAAGGAGUACCACCGGAGCGUCAGCGGAAAGAUCCAGAAGCUGACCAAGGCCGUGGCCACCUACCACGCCAACACCGAGCGCGAGCAGAAGAAGGAGAACGAGCGCAUCGAGAAGGAGCGGAUGCGGCGGCUGAUGGCCGAGGAUGAGGAAGGCUACCGCAAGCUCAUCGACCAGAAGAAGGACAAGCGCCUGGCCUACCUGCUGCAGCAGACCGACGAGUACGUGGCCAACCUGACCGAGCUGGUGAGGCAGCACAAGGCGGCCCAGGUGGCCAAGGAGAAGAAGAAGAAGAAGAAGAAGAAGAAGGCAGAGAACGCCGAGGGACAGGCUCCGGCCAUCGGCCCCGACGGGGAGCCCCUGGACGAGACGAGCCAGAUGAGCGACCUGCCGGUGAAGGUGAUCCACGUGGAGAGCGGCAAAAUCCUGACGGGCACCGACGCGCCCAAGGCCGGGCAGCUGGAGGCCUGGCUGGAGAUGAACCCGGGGUACGAGGUGGCUCCGCGCUCCGACAGCGAGGAGAGCGGCUCCGAGGAGGAGGAGGAGGAGGAGGAGGAGGAGCAGCCGCAGCCGGCCCAGCCCGCGCUGCCCGUGGAGGAGAAGAAGAAAAUCCCCGACCCCGACAGCGACGACGUCUCGGAGGUGGACGCGCGACACAUCAUCGAGUGA